GUGCGCGACACAGUCGCGACGGCCACACGGGAGCGCGCGCCGCCACCUACGACACAACAUGAGCAGCGGGAAACGAAAACUCUCGUUCCUGGGCUUCGCCCCGCAGGCGGAGGCGGGCGCGGACGAGCUGAGGCUGGACGAGGAGAUGGAGCGCGUGGUGUGGGGCGAGGGAGGCGCGGGCGGUGCUGCUGCUCCGCUGCCGCCGCACGCGCAGCCACUGCGAGACAGCGCCGCGCCGCCGCCCUACACAGAUGCGGCGCCGGCGUCGACGGGAGAGGACCGUCAUCCGUCAGUAGACGCCGCUGCCGCCCCCCAGGCGGCAGAGGAGAGGCACGUGCAGUUCGGCACACGCGGCGCUGAGCAGGCGGCGGUCGAGGGCGGCGGCGCGGACGCGCUCGACGACGCAGACGCCGAGCGCCGCGACCAGCGACACGCGCGGCACCUACACCCGCACAAGUCGCGCAAGUACUCGCUGCAGGAGCCGACGGCGGCCCCCGCGCCGCCCGCGCCGCCCGCCGACGAGGCGCUAGCCGACGCGGCGCGCGCGCACCGCAGCGAAGACGCCCGCGCACACGCCCGCCACCGCCCGCAACACAGGGGUUCAACGGUGCACGUGGGCCGUAAGGAUGGAGGAGACAAGAUGCAGAACAUCCUCCCUGACUCUACCUACAAGAAGAUGUACGACCACAGCCCCCACUCGGUGUUCGUGCAGCUGGACGAGCUGCUGGCGGGCGCGGACGGCGAGCAGGAGUGGCAGGAGACGGCGCGCUGGAUCAAGUACGAGGAGGACGUGGAGGAGGGCUCGGCGCGCUGGGGCCGGCCGCACGUGGCCUCACUCUCGUUUCACUCGCUGCUGAACCUGCGGCGCUGCCUGGAGACGGGCGUGGUGCUGCUCGACCUCGACGAGAAGGACUUGCCGGGCGUGGCGUACCGCGUGGUCGAGAGCAUGGUGGCCGAGGAGCUAAUCGAGGAGGACGAUAAGCCGGUGGUGAUGCGCUCGCUGCUGCUGCGCCACAAGCACGUGCACGACGACCGCCCCUUCCGCUUCUCCAUUUCGGGCGCCGCGCGCAAGCACUCCUCCUACACCAGCCUCCAGAACCUGUCGGAGGCACGGCGGCGGCGUAGCUCGGCGGCGCUGGUGGCGGCUGGCGAGGCGCGUAAGAAGUCAUCGGGCACCACCCUAGAGCCGCGCGAGGUGCAGCAGCUGAUGGCGGCCGCCGCAGCGCAGGGCUCCUCCGACGAACUACGGCGCCCGCACAACGACUCCAUCAUGAAGCGCAUCCCCGGCGACGCCGAGGCGACCACCGUGCUGGUGGGCGCCGUCGGCUUCCUCGAGCAGCCCACCAUCGCAUUCGUGCGGCUGGCGCACGGCAUCCUCAUGCCGAGCAUCACCGAGGUGCCUGUGCCGGUGCGUUUUAUGUUCGUGCUGCUGGGGCCCGCCGGCGCCGACCUCGAUUACCACGAGGUGGGCCGCUCCAUCUCCACACUCAUGUCCAACCCGGCCUUUCACGAGAUAGCGUACAAGGCGGAGGACCGCCGCGAGCUUCUGUCGGCCAUCAACGAGUUCCUGGACGAUUCCAUCGUGCUGCCUCCGGGUGACUGGGAGCGCCAGGCGCUGCUGCCGUUGGACGAGCUGCGCGCCAAGAGCGAGAUGAUCCGGCGACGCAAGCGCGAUGCGCUGGAGCGGCGGCGCGCGUCCCAGGCGGCGCCGGCCGGCCCGCUGCCCGAUGACAAGCAGGCGCUGCUGGCGGCGGAAGCGGGCGGCCAGCCGCCGCGUGAACCCGACGACCAGCUGGCGCGCACCGGCCGCUUCUUCGGCGGCGUGAUCCGCGACAUGAAGCGGCGCUACCCGCACUACGUGUCGGACUUCCGCGAUGCGCUCAACGGACAGUGCGCCGCCGCCACCAUCUUCAUGUACUUCGCUGCGCUGUCAUCCGCUAUCACGUUCGGCGGGCUGCUCGCCGAGAAGACGCAGGGACAGAUCGGCAUCUCCGAGACGUUGGUGUUCACGUGUGCAGGCGGCGUGGUGUUCGCGCUGGCGUCGGGGCAGCCCAUGAUGAUCACGGGCGCCACGGGCCCGCUGCUGCUGCUCGACCAGUCGCUGUUCGACUUCUGCCGCGCGUACGGCUUCGACUUCCUGGCGGCGCGCAUGUACUCCGGCCUGUGGAUGGUCGCCAUCGCGCUCGCCGUUGCCUCUGUCGAAGGCAGCGCCGCCGUCAAGAAGAUCACCAGAUUCACGGAGGACAUCUUCGCGUUCCUCAUCUCGCUGAUCUUCAUCUCGGAGCCUAUCACGAACCUGAUCGCGGUGUACCGCGCGCACCCGCUGGGCGUGGACUACUGCGCCGACAACGGCACUGCGCCCGCGCCUGUCACGACGCUUGCGCCGGCUUUCAACGGCACCGACGCCGCUAACAACGUCACCGCUUUCGUCAACGCAUCCAUGACUACGGGCGCGGAGAUAUUGCUGCCGCAGCCCAACACGGCGCUGUUCUGCACUAUGCUGACGCUGUCCACCUUCAUCAUUGCCUACUACCUGCGCAUCUUCCGCAACGGGAAAUUCCUCGGCCGCAGCGCGCGGCGCGCACUCGGAGACUUCGGGGUGCCGAUCGCCAUCGUAUUGAUGGUGGGCGUGUCGUGUUUCGUGCCGGUGUGGGCGGAGACGCUGCGCGUGCCGGCCGGGCUCAGCCCCACGGCAGCGCGCGGCUGGUUCGUGCCGCUCGGCGCCGGCGUGGCCACCAUCCCCGCGUGGGCCGCGCUCGCCAUGGUGCUGCCCGCACUCAUGGUCUACAUCAUCGUCUUCAUGGAGACGCACAUCGCUGAGUUGAUCGUGGACAAGCCGGAGCGGCGCCUGCGCAAAGGCAGCGGGUUCCACAUGGACAUCGUGAUCAUGGCGUUAGUGAACGCGAUGUGCGGGCUGUUCGGCGCGCCAUGGCAGUGCGUGGCCACCGUGCGCUCCGUGAGUCACGUGUCCGCGCUUACUGUCAUGUCCACCACGCAUGCGCCCGGAGAGAAGCCCUUCAUCAUAGAGGUGAAAGAGCAGCGGCUGACGGGGCUGGUGGUGGCGGUGCUGGUGGGCGUGUCCGUGCUUGCGGCCGGGUGGCUGCGGCUCGUGCCUAUGGCCGUGCUGUUCGGCGUAUUCCUCUACAUGGGUAUCUCUGCGCUCGGCGGCAUCCAGCUGUGGGAUCGCGUCAUCCUGCUCUUCAAGCCGGUUAAGCACCACCCGCAGGUGCCCUACGUGCGCCGGGUGCCGACGCUGCGCAUGCACCUGUACACGCUGGUGCAGCUGGCGGGGCUGGGCGUGCUGUAUGCGGUCAAGUCGUCGCGCGCGUCGCUGGCGCUACCUUUCUUCCUGGUGCUGAUGGUGCCGCUGCGGCUCUCGCUUGCCUACGUCUUCACGCCGCUGCAGCUGCGCGCGUUGGACGGCGCGCAGAAAGAUAUAGACAAGGAUGACGAACCCGACUUCUACGAGGAGGCGCCGCUGCCCGGUUAGACAGGCGCCUGCUCGACUGGACACGCGGGUGCGCAUUGCUAGCUGAUGGCUGAGCUGCCUCCCUGUGACUCCUAUCUAUCCAGAUAGGAGCAUACAUGUCACCUAAGUACACUAUUAGCACCUACGCACAAUCGUCGUUUUAAGCAAUAACGAUCUCCUCGGGUAAUGGUUUACAGAGCGGUCCACCGCUGUUCAUCUUCACGUGAAUACGCGCAUAUAUAAGUAAUGUACUUACGGUUAAUAUCCAUCUUGUAAAACUGUGUACGCGUCAUUAUAAAUGGCGACAUCCAGCCAGCAGCCGGAGUGUUUGCCGGCCUCUGUCCUGUGCAAUUAGCUAGUGUGUACAUGCCAAAGCUAUGGUGCCAAAGAGCAGUACCCAAAUGAAUACACAACUUAGUAGUUGGUAUAAUUAGUGUUAUUUAUUAAAAUGUAAGUAAAUAAUGAAGUAGGUUGUUACUGUGUGUGCCCAGCGCUGCUAGCGGGUUUAAUUUUAAUACCUACCUACUUACAAACCUUUCGUACUUAGUAAGUAACCUUAGUUGCUUGUUUCCUGCUGUGUAGUUGAUUACAACAUAAUUCAUGAAAU